AUGGCGCCAAAGCAUCAGAAUGGCAAGACUCUUGAGACCCCACAGCCUGCACCAUGGUCAACGACAAUACGUCUGCUACGCCUUACAGUCCUACUGCUUGCCACAGCAGCCAUCUCGCCAAUAUCGCAGCUUACUUUGGCACCCGUAUAUGGCGCCAUACCAUCAUCGGUAAACCACAAGACCAUGAUGCUGCUGUCCUACGCUUUUGGCUUCAUGGUUAAGAUCAUAAAUGUGCGAAUUGCGGAACGUCAAUUGCCUUAUUUGGCAGCAUUGGCUGCAUGGAUUCCAGUCAUACAAAGCUGGAUUCUACCACUCAGCGGCCAGCUAGGGCCUGUUGGAGGCCCUGUUUUGACUGGCUCCCUAAGUUGCCAUCUGCUCCUGAUACCAUCAGCAUAUGCCAUCGCAGAGAUGUGUGAGGAAUUCAAGCCUCACAAAUACAUGCCUCGUGCAGCCGCGCUGGUGGUAAUAGCCGGCGUACUGGCCUUCCCGCUGUACUUGCUCGAGCAGAUGUUCUCGCGGCUAGCAUCAGAGCACAUAUGGCAAAUACCAGGAUUGGUCUUGACACCUGUUGACCUGCAGCUUGCGCUAGCGUUUGCUUAUGCUGUAUUACAUCCUUCUCGGCUGGUGCUUUUGGGUGCACCAGCGUUGGGCCUCACAGUACUACUCAACCCACACUACACUCGCGCUUCAGUUGACCUCGCGCUGCAACCGCACAACUGGACACUGGUGGAUCGACAAUGGUCCAACACCGGCUAUAUCUCAAUCCUCGACAGCUCGGAGCAACAAUACCGAGUAAUGCGCUGCGACCAUUCCCUCCUUGGCGGCGAAUGGCUUCUGACAGAACAGCGCAAGAAGAAAGAAGGAUGGAAAGUCAAUGAACCGAUCUAUGCCGUGUUCGAGAUGCUCGAAGCCGUCCGACUGUUACAAGUCAACUCAGUGAUCCCAGACACAGAAGCGCACGCCCUCAUCAUAGGACUAGGAAUUGGGACAGCACCCAAGGCAUUUGUCUCACAUGGAAUCAACACCACUACCAUCGAGCUGGACCCUGUUGUGCACGACUUUGCCACAAAGUAUUUCGGUCUACCUACAAAUCACAUCUCAGUCAUUCAGGAUGCCGUCUCAUGGGUGGAGAAUGCGGUAGCGCAGGAAGAAGGGAAGAAUUACAACUACAUCAUCCACGAUGUCUUCACCGGCGGCGCCGAGCCACUGAUCCUCUUCACAACACAGUUCCUCACAAAUCUCCGCAGCCUCCUCACGCACAACGGUGUGAUAGCCCUAAACUACGCAGGCGACCUGUCAGUCCCUCUGACACGCCUCGUACUCCACACCAUUUCCAAAACAUUCUCGCACCAAUGCAAGAUCUACCGCGACGGGCUUCCUGAAUCGAAAGAGCAACACGGCAACUCAGACUUCCUGAACAUGGUCGUCUUCUGCCGUAACAGUCCCGGUCCCAUCGCAUUCCGCAGACCCACAGCUGCCGACUUCUUGGGCAGCAAGAGUAGACAGCACUACAUGAUGCCGAAACCCGAACAUGAAAUCCCGUUCCCUGCAGUGUCUGCGACGCACACCGGUCAAGGACAUCUGACGCAAGUGCCGCCGCUGAAACACGGUGACGCGUUGUACAACGCACCGAAGAAAGCGCAAGCGCUGAUCCCCGAUGGUGCAGUCUUGGAGCUUGGCGAUGUGGGCAAGCAUGCCAAGCAGCAGGUUGAGAGUGCGGUUCGGCAUUGGCAUAUCAUGCGAAAGGUGUUGCCUGAUGCCGUCUGGGAGCUUUGGUAG